AUGCUAAUGACUGCGUGGUUCGUGGUGGGGAUGGUGCCGUUUGCGCUUCAGACUCGAAGCUUUUUGAAGUUUGCGACGCCGCACAAGAUCACGGAGACAUUGAUAGUGCCGCCUGAUGCGCAUCCGGAGACGGCGAAUGUGACGGAAUUUUGUAAUGGCAAAGGAAUGCAGAUGGCUCAAGUUUGGUGGAAUAUCGACAUCACACACUAUUAUCGUGUUAGCGAGGAGAUAGUCUGUCAUUAUGUGGUACCACAAUAUAAUGUGCACGGCAAUUAUUUGAUCCACGCAACGAAAGUUGAGCCAUUCCACACGUCUCCAUCGGAUUGUGCAGACGACAGUAAUCCCGUCGAAUUGUACUUUUACCAUGGCAGUAUCGGCUUUUACUCUUUUUAUGAAGAAGUCGUAGGCACUUAUUGUUCAAGAGAUGGAACUGUUUACGGUCUUGUGAAAGGCCUUGGGACGUUCGACAUGAAUGGCUACAGCUUAGCCCACGACACUGGAAAUUUCGACUACAGGUGGUCUUACUGGUAUGGAAUGUUAUGUGACCAGAUGCAAGAGGGAUUACAGCGCAAGCCAGCAACCAUCUUCGUGCAUGAAAGUAUGCGUCUGUCAGCUCACGGGGCGAGUAACUUUCAACGAAUUCUGCUCCUGUACAUGCUGGUUGAAGGGCUUAUGAGUGAUCUUUUUCUGCUCGUCGCAACGGAAGGGAUCUUCGCUUGGGUGCAGUAUAUUUCGCUGGGUUAUAAUCUGUCUGGCGUGCUACUAUUGACAUUUGAGCUCGUGGAGAACUUGGGAUGCAUGCGGGAACGUACACGACUUUUUAUUAAGCGAAUGUUAUUCAGCUACGAGUCUUCGUUACUGGGAGAAUUGCUUAGCGCCAUGUGCUUGCCUUAUUAUCUAAGUUCGCUUAAUCGAUCCGACAUGAAGCGCUCCGGACCCACCGCUAACGCUGUGUCUUAUUACGUUUGGAGCUUAGUGGGUCAUGGGAUUUUUGUACUUGCCCUCAUCGGACUCGUCAUGUCGGUUCGAGUAUUGCGUGCAGUUAGUUAUGUUCGCAGGAAGUAUGGCCAUGCGUGGGCUAUUUUCACGGCACCUUGUUCCCUUGGAAGAUGGUAG